CACAGCUACACUCUUGAUUGCACCUAAUCAAUAAUUAUAAAAAAGGUAUUAGUUGUUAGCAUUAUUUAUUUAAGCUUUUCACAAUGACUUUUUUUUAAUGAACUAAGUAAAAUCUGUUUUUACCAUCCAAAAUACCUAUGGCCCCUUUAUGUUUUACUCUUUUAGAAAAAUGUUGCAUCAGAAUAAAUAUUAUAUUUUAUGCUUUUUAUGAGAAAUUUUUAGUAAAUUUUAAAAGGCUUUCAUAAUCUUUAAAAAUAAAUUAAAUAUUGAUGCACCUUCAUGACCUUUCAGUCUUACAAUACACUGUUUGGUUUUUACACUGAAGGCUCUGACUCUCUGAUCAUCACUUCCUGUAACCAUUAACUGAAAAUCAGGAGAGUAGCUGACACAGUUCACCUACAUAUGAAAUAAAACAGAUAGUGUAGACAUGUAAAUGGGAUGACAUGUUCUAAUUGUUCUCAUUGUUAAUAUGCUUCUCUUCAACAUUAGAGGCCAUCCAUCAAUGAGACACGAAUCGGGGGUGGGGUCAUAACUUUAUGAUGAUGCGUGAUAAAAUUGUCUAAUAUGUGUUAAAAUUUUGUGACGAUGGGGUGGGAUGGUUAAAAAAUCUGCCAAAUAACUUUCAUUUGGAAAAUAAUUUUUGCACUAUCCUCAAAUUUCAAGGAAUUACAAAUUAUAUUAAUUUUAUAAAUUUAAAACUAGAUCUAAAACAAAGUCAUCAAUUACCUCAUCUUUGUGUCCUAUGAAUUCUUUUAGUUCACGUUGGCAAAAAUCUUUGGGUGUUGAAAACAUAAUAAGAAGAAGGUCUAUUUAUCUUUUUACUAUUUCUGCAGCUAACUUCUUGAACUUCUUCAAAAAUACUUGAUGCUUUAUUAUUAUGCCAUUUCACUGAUAUUAUUAAAAGUACAAAUCAAUUUAAACUGUAUUAUUUUUAAUUUAUAUGUCUACUAAAUUAAUACUAUACAAUACUAGCUUAGUUAGUAAGUAAUUAUGGGCAUUUAUUGGUGUUUUAUUUGUUGACAUUUCAAUAUUUAUUAAUAACUGGGUCUAUUAGUAAGGACACUAAGACAUCGACAUCAUCAUAUGACACUACUUGACUUAAUUAACUUAAAAUGUGACUGUAGUAACUAGUGACUGUAGUCUACACUACUUUAGACUUUAGUUUGGAGUUCAAUAAUAAUAAUAUACUAAUGACUAAUGAUUCAUAUGUAAGUUAGAUAGUAUUUUGUAAUAUUAUUAAUUAAAAUUAUUAUUAUUUUAAAUCAUGAUUCAAACUUUACAUUUACUAACUAACAUUUACAUUGGCCUUGGCUCUCAGUCUUGUCAACCACUCUGGUCGUGAGCCUUGAGUCUUGAACUGAGACUGAGUGAUUGGCUUUGUUGAUUACUUUGAUACUUUGAACUUUUAAGUAGUCGAGAACUAUUAGUUGAAGUUUGUCUUAAAAAUAACUUCCUAAAUCUUUUUUUUAUUAAUGACGUUAAUCUAUUCUAUUUUAAUAUUAAUUGUUAUUUUAAAAAAUUCAAAUGCAAAAUCUAGAGUUAAAAAUGUGCAAUCCGUAGUAUUUUCUUAAAAUUCCACCUGUCACUUCCGUUACCAUGAACGCUAAAUGAAAAAGUGAUUUCGAUUUUUUGAAUCCACAAUUUUAUGAACCGGAUGUUUUUAAAACAGACCUGGAUGAAAUAGCAAAAUCACUACACUAUUGGAAAAUGGAGGCCGAGGCGGCGAUUACUUCACUAGUUAAUCAACUACAGCAAAUAAGUGUUGGAAGUAAAAUUCAAGCAUUGGAUGAAUUGAAAACUGCAAUAACCGCACUUCCUUUACCAGAUCUUCGACGCAUUCUGCCGAAUCUGUCCAUAAAUAACGUUUUUGAAUGCUUGAAUACACAAGACAAGUAAGUUUGUGCUUCAAAUUUAACUGAGAAACUGUUUACUUAAGCCGCUAAUUAAUAAUAAAAUGUAUAUAUUUGGGUUAAAGUGCAGUUCAGGUGCGUAUAUUAUUUCUUAGCGCAUUUCGUAUUUUAAAAAAAUUUUAUCAUGUAAACUUACGUGUAGGCCUAUUCUUUAAUAAUUAAAUACAGGCAGUUAUAGUUAACUAAUUCUGGAUUAUAAAUCGCAUCUUUUCUUUUUAUUUUACUUCUAAAGAGUCUUUAAACAUCCCCCAACCAAAGUAUCACAGCCCCCAUUUGUUUGUAUUUUUCUUUUUACGCUAUGCCAGAUUUUUAGCCACCUAUAAGUUAGUAUGCUAAACGAAAUUUUCAAACUAAGCAUGUUCAAAAAAAAAAGAAUGAAAUACUAGAUUCUUCAUUACGCACAAGCGCCCCCCCCCCCCCCCCCCCACCUUUUUUUUUUUACAGAGAGCUCGGAAUAUAGGGGUUGUCCUUUGAAGUCGAGUCGGGGAAGGGGGGGGGGAGAUUAGAAGUGGAUCACUGACUAAGCAGUGGACACACACGUCAUCAUUGUCCUGGACCUGGUGUGAAGCUGAUCACCCUGAAGGCUGCUAAUACGCUGUCCAUGAUUGGUCAGCUCUAAUUUGAGCACCCCCUCCUCUUUUUUCGUAUGCAAAUGCGCUUAUUACUGGUGACUGAUUUGCGCUGAGUAAAGUGAGGGCUAGUGAUUAUUUUUUUUAUAUUAUAAGACAGACUCGUUUUGGCUUUGUGGUAUUGCUGGUUGUAGGAUCAUUUUGUUUAAAAUUGCAGGACGACCAAGAAACAAUAACUACAAUGCAACAGGCAUUUUUAAUGGUGCAGCAUUUGGUUUAAACGCGCACCUUGUGGGGCAACAAAUAACGUUAAUACAACUGGAAUUUCUCCUAAGGCACUCGUAACAAUUGCAAUGUGGCUUGUAAGCUGGGUCAAGUAUGUGAGCUCCCCAUAAUUACCGGGAUCUGCAUAUCACCCGAAACGGGAUCUCACCGAUAACUUUUAAAAUACUUUUUAUAAAGAAUUAACAUAAGUUUACACGGGAAAAUAAGAGAUUCAAACAGAAAUAAUAUACGCACCUGAACUGCACUUUUACCAUAAAGUAAUAGGUUUGAGUCAUUCAUUGCACAUUCAUAUACAAUUUGACUUACCGUUAGGUGUUGACAUAUUUGACCUACUCAGCCUACUGCCUAUACUAAUUUUUCAAAUUAAGACUGAAUGAGUAGGUCUAGAACUUAUUAUACAGUUUCAGUUGUCAAAUUUCAAAGUGUAACUGUAACACACAAAGAUCAAUUUGAUCAAAAAAGACAAAAUCUUCACUCUAAAACCGUUCUCUGCACAUGAAACGGUCUGGGCCUAUAACUGUCAUCUCUCAUUAUUUUUAAUGUGUGCAAAAGAAAAACGGUUGGUUUGUAUCAAUCUGAUCAGAUGGAAUGUUAAUGCACAUUCACAUAUGAUUUUCAUUUGUUUUAUUUGACUCUCAUUCUCAUUAUUUCAUAGCCAUACUGACAUUAUUAAUUUUGUACUCUACUGAACAAAAUUUUCUGCAGGCAGGAACAGAAGGUUUGUUGUGAAGUGCUGGAUCGUAUGUUGACAACCCUAAGCCCCCCUACAGUUGUUAUAAAUUUUCACAGUCAUCUCCUCAGAUGGUUGAGAUUACCAGAUGAUUCUUUGAAGGCCCUCUGCCUCCCUCAGGUAACACCCCCGCUAUCACUGAGCAUUUAAAAAUUUAGAGUGAAUUCUGAUUAUGUGUCAUUUACUAGCCAGAACAUAAUGCCAUCUUUCUGAACUUCUUCAUAAAGAGUUAUAAAUGAGAAUAAUAAAAAAAAAAUUUUUUAAAGACUAGAAAGUUGAAUGACCUUUGAGAUAUUUUAAAUAGGAAAGGGUUGAGGACAGCCGCCACAACCCCCCCCCCAUGAAUGUGAAAACUACCUUAAUUAUUUAAUAUUACAAUAUCCCCUAAAAUGAGCUCUCAGACUAUUUUUUUAUAAACCAUUAUGAUUAUGACAUGAAAUAACAUUAAGUGAAGUCAUUUCACUGUAUUCCAGUGUUUCCUAACUUGUGACUUAUCCCCGUCAGAGAGGCAAGUUGUAGAUUAUAGAAGGACAUAUAAUAGUCUUUGUUACAGUAACGUAGGAAAAAGGGAAGGGGGGUUCGAGAAGCAGUCGGCCUCUGGCAGCACUUUUUUCUUCAUAGGGAGGGACAGCAUUUUCAACCAACUCAGGAGUUUUUCAUGACAGUGAGUGGCUAAAAUAUUGGCCCUCCAGGGGAGGGGGUGCACUAACCCUAGCUACACCAAAGCUCUGGGAUAUAAGAAAUGUAAGGGGGGGGGGUGAAAUGUUAAAACAUGAUUUUUUUUUAAUUUUAACCACUUUCAUAGUUUUUCAUUUAUAUGGUAAUAAAAAAAUAUUUCACUUUUUUUGGAUAAGUUUUAUCCUACACUACAAUUAGGAAUCUCGAGACCUAAAAUGGCAUGAAGAUUGAAAUUAAAUCUUCUUUAAGGCAGCAUAAAAAUUCUUUCUUAAUUAUCACAAAUUGGGGGGNUCGUAAAAAAACAACAUUUUAGGUGAAAAGCUGGGAAGCAAUUCCAGGAAUGCGUGGAAAAUUUUUGUACCUGGUUCUCCCAUUGCAGCUAUUUUGUUCAUCAGCCUAACUAAAUAAUUACAUCACAAAUAACAUCACAUAGGCACGGUAUCACCUGUGAAGAACUAUUACUAUUUGAAGACUUUUACAGAACAAUUGGCUGACAAGAAGGUGGGGGGGGGAGGCUUAUUUUGUGCUUACAAGCUUUAUGGACAACCCUUUAAGAGAGUAAACCACUUUUCAUCUCACUACUAAUAGUUUCUUUGUCAAAAUUCCUUUUAAGUGAUAGAUAGCCCCUUUUUUUGUUGCUCUGUGGAUUCUAUGAGAGAUUGCCUAUGUUAUUAGAAUUUAAGGUUUCUAAUUCUAUAACUUGCUCCCAAAAGUGAUUUAGAUUUAUGUAUCAGGUUUGUAAUUUCUCGAGAAUCCCAUAUUAUCUUAAUCGUUAUUCCGUGUUUCCCUAUCCAAGCUAUCAAAUUUCUUUUCCAGCUAUAGAACUGAUUUACAAAGCUGCAUUUCAGCCAAUAACAAUUUCAAGGGGAACAAAGAAGGAAGUAUACACCACUGUCAUAAGACCAGUUGUAACCUAUGCAAGUGAGACUUGGUCCCUUAUCAGAAAAGCAAAGAACCUACUCAAUACAAGGGAGAGGAAAAUUCUCAGGAAAAUAUAUGAUCUGUUGAUAGACAAUGAUGGUUGGAGAAUCUGUACAAACCAAGAGAUAUAUCAAUUGUACAAAGACCCACCCAUAGUCGCAACAUUAAAAAAGGCACACUGCAUUGGACAGGACACAGUGAGAAGGUGCCAAAUUGUAGAGCAGGAAAAGUGAUCUACAGGCAGAGGGCUCACCGGACGACCAAGACUGAGAUGGAUUGAUGAUGUGGAGAAGCACUUACACCAGCUGGAGGUUCGUGCGUGGAGGUGGAUAGCCAUGGAUCGAUUCUGCAUGGGCUGUAGCGCCAGAUGAUGCUGUUUGUUCAUCUCGGAGUUUAGAGAUCAGUUAAUCAAGGUUGCAAAUCCAAAAAUAAAAGCAAAUUUAUUUUAUAGUGCUUCUACAGAUUACUGAAAAAAAAAUUGUAAUUUCGUUAAGAUAUAAGUAUAUUCAUCCAACAAUUUUACAGAUUUCAAGACUUAGCAAAGAAGUACCCUCGCAGUUAUGCCAGUACGAAGACCUUGUCGAGGCCGUUGCAGAUCAGCUGACGUCAGACAGUCCAGAGGUUGGCCCACCUGCAGUUACUGUGCUAACAAACAUAGGUAUUCAUUAAAAUAGUGGCACAGUAUUGUUUACCUGUUCACCAGAAGAUUUAAAACUUGGUUGGGCUCAUCCUUAGCUAUGAUUAAAUGGCUGAGUGAACUAGAUGAAAUAGACUUGGGGAAUGGACACAUUUUUGGGGCUUGGUGUUUUCAUAAUUAACAAACAAGAUGACCCGUCACUUUUAAGGCAUAGUUUAUAAUGCAAAUUGAUAAACAAAAACAAAAGAGAAUAGAUAUUAAGUGUAGCAGAGUGGUGACUGACAGCUUUACAUUUAAACAUUAGUUUACAAAUCCAAUGAAAAUGAGGUCUUGAGAGGUACAGCUUUUACUUCUAUGGUUCUUUAGAGUAUGGUCAAUGGAAAUACAAGGAAAAAGAGGAGAAAAAUAGCGCCCCCCUCCCCAACCCCCUUGGAGAAUAUCGGAAAAGAACUUGUGCAUUAAAUGUAUAUUUAAAGGGAUAAACAAUUAAUUAAGAAUAGCUAGCACUUGACAUGACAGAUAACUCUGGAUAACCAAUGUUCUACAGGUUCUCCAUAGUAUGAAAAUUGUUCAAUAAACAUAGGAGAUAACUCUAGUUUUUUUCAGUUUCUUCAAAGUAUGACAGAUACAUAAAUUGCCAUAAACAUUGUUUUCAUAGUGAUCCAUAAUCAUGUUGGAUAAUAAAGGUGAACAGCAAUGAUGAUGAAUAUGAAUUGCCCACUACCAACACAUAUUAAAAUUUACUCUACCAAAAAAAAAAGGGAUUUAAAAAUGCGGAAUAACAAAGGAGUAACUUUGUUCCUUACAAGUAGGCUCUAGCAAAUAGAUCGGGCAUCCUUAAUAUAGGACUGAAGCGAAAUAUUGGAGUGCAACUUCAUCAGAGUCAGAAAAAAAAACGAGGAUGGCAUAAGAGUUAUUGCUGGUCACGUGAGGGCCAAUCCCAGUGCAUGAGUGACCAGCCUGAUCCAGGUCAUACACACUUCUGUUCUUCUGUCCAACUAGCAGAGAGAAAGAGAGGGUGGGUCACGGGAUGAUCACAUGCUGUGCAUGAUUGUCACUAGUCUGAUUAGUUUUUUAGCACACAGCAUUGUGUUAUUUUUAAUGUAAGGGGUUCUUUACAUAUAAUAGCCGAGGGCAGUGGUCGGCAAACUCAUAAGUCAAAAGAGCCAAAAAUCAGCAGCAGGACGAUAAAAAAAUUUUGGAGAGCCAAAUUUCUUUUCAAGAACCUGUCAAGAACAAUGUUUUUCGUAGUCUAAACCGAUUUUUGGCCGACCGGCCGAGCUGCACUCAGGUGGCUAAAGAGCCGCAUGGGGCUUGCGAGCCACGGUUUGCUGUCCAUUGGCACAGGGUUUACCCAAAGAUAAUAUUUAUAAGCAUUUCAAAAUGUUAAUUUUUGCAUAUAAUAUAAAGAGUGAUAUUUAAACUAUGCUUUUCUUUGCCAGGUGAAGACCCUUUAGGCCUGCAAGUUCUCUUCAGGGAUCCUAUACUCGGCAAGAUUGUGGAAGCAAUGCAGAAGAAUGAUAUUACAAGGUUUAGAAUAUACCAGGUAAGGUAAGAUUGAUUUUUUAUGGUACAGUGGUUUAUAGAACAAAGAAUCUGUAGAACUUAAUUUUUUAGUUUUAAAAGGUUACAAAUUUUUAGGGUGUUUGCGGAGCAGUGCUUUCCAAACUUUACAUGUUGGUGACACACUUUUUGGACUUAAAUAAUUUUGCGACUCUUCACAUGAGUUUCACCAUUAAACUGGAGGUCAAACUAACCUGUAAAAUGUAAUCUCAAAGGCAAGUAGUCCAUAUUUUGGGCGAGCCAUUAUCACAUUUAUUAUCAAACCGAGCCAUUUUGGAAUACUUUACCGAAUUCUCUUUGUUUUCUUUGGAUUCUUAAUUCCUAUCUUGUCUCCCAAAGAACAAAUCAGAUAGACCAGUAAAAACAUGAGUACCGCAGUUAUUUUCUCAGUUGCUUUCAUGUUGGUGUUGAUUUGAUUCAAAAUUUGUCAACACUAUCAUAAUAUCCAUUUAUGGCAAUCUGUUGCACGAAGUUAGUUUUGAAUUAGACCACAAAAUUCACUUUGUUUACUAUCCUAAGAAAAAUUUUUUUAGCAUCAGUCCCUCAGUUUGCAUGCACGAAGCCCCCCGACCUUGGAGCCAACAAAUUUCUGUGUUGUGUCAGCUUUUUAAAUUUCUAUCUCAUUUCUUCAGAAAUAUUGGCUGAAUGAUCUUGAUUUAAGGGAUCUACUUUUAGUAUAAGGGAAUAUGUGAAACAAAGUAUGGGAAAACCUGGAAAAGGACACCGCAAGACAAAGAGUGUAUUGGCAAAAAGCCUUCUUAAGCGAACAAACAAGUAACAAAAUAUAUUUGUCAAUAACUUUUCCUAAUACAUUUCUGGUGGUUUUUAAGUCCAAAAAAAAAUUCCAUGAAUGUUGGUAUGGCUUAUUUUCACGUGACACACUUUCACCCUGUAGGUGAUACACUACAGUAUCAAGACACACAGUUUGGAAAGCACUGGCGGGAAGGUUUAUAAAUGGUGAUCAAGUUUUAACAUUUAUUGAGAUUUAUAAAAGAAGAAACUUAGGGUGUUGAAAGGUGCAAGACUUGCUCAAGGUCAGAGAAAAGAUCUUUUCACUAAAUGAUACACUGGCCUGGUUCAGUAAGUCAUAGGACUGGUUCAGUAAGUCAUUGAACUGGAUCAGUAAGUCAUAGGACUGGUUCAGUAAGUCAUAGGACUGGAUCAGUAAGUCAUAGGACUGGAUCAGUAAGUCAUAGGACUGGUUCAGUAAGUCAUAGGACUGGUUUAGUAAGUCAUAGGACUGGAUCAGUAAGUCAUAGGACUGGAUCAGUAAGUCAUAGGACUGGUUCAGUAAGUCAUAGGACUGGAUCAGUAAGUCGUAGGACUGGUUCAAUAAGUCAUAGGACUGGUUCAGUAAGUCAUAGAGCUGGUUCAGUAAGUCAUAGGACUGGUUCAGUAAGUCGUAGGACUGGUUCAGUAAGUCAUAGGACAGGAUCAUUAAAAUUAGCUUCUGUUCAGUAAAAUAUCAGAGUUGACUUAAGAUUUUUCUUUGAACUCUUUUUUUUUAUUGUAAGAAUGAUGGUUUUAAAAGUUGGGGGACUCAAUGAUGUUCAUACCAACCAGUUUCAACACAAGAACAUCCAUAACAAUUUCUUCUCUCAUUCAUUUUAGCCUGAAGCAAAUUUCAGAGUUAAGGCUCCUUACAUCAUUUAAAAUAUGACUCAUUCAGAAACUUAAAUUUUGUUCAAUUCCAGAUCGCCACAGAUUUAAGUAAAACAUCUUCAGCGGCCCUAAAUUUUUCAGUGGCGGCUGGCCUACUCCAGGAGCUGCUACGUGAAGUACAGGCCAAUGAUAUUCUUGUCCAGCUCAAUGCCAUAGAACUGAUCUCGGACCUGGCACAGUCUUCACAUGGGCUAGCUUUUCUAGACCACCAGGGCAUUGUGGGUAAACUAGAAGAGAUGAUGUUAGGACUCAAUGAGAAUCCAAUGAUGGGUCUGCUUCUGCCAGGUAGACAUUACUGUUUGUUAUCCAUAUGUUCCAAUUCGUAAAUGACCUGUACAUCUACAUGCAGCAAUAUAUCUCAUAAAUGACCUGUGCAUCCACAUACAGCAUUUGCGUUUAGUAAAUGACGAUUUAGUCAACAUCCAGUUUUUACCUAGCUCUAGACAAAACAAGCUAUUUCACACAUAAAAUAGCAAAGAUGGGGUAACAGUAAAAAAGCAAAGAUGGUAUUACAAUAAAAUUUCAAAGAUGGUGGUUCAAUGAAAUACCAAAAUGAUGAUAAAAUAAAAUAGCUUUGAUGGUGGUGCAAACCUUUUAACAAAAAUGUCAAAAUGAUGAUACGGCAGAAGUUAUUAAGUCAAUUUUUUUGGAGACAUGAAGAAAUGGUGACAUCAAAUCUUUCAUUAAAAAUAUUAGCAUAUUGUUAUCAUACUUUUAAUGUAUCGAUGAGGAAUGUGGACAGUCAAUAAUAAAUAACAUUUACUGAAGUGUACAAAACAGUUUGGCUCAAUGACAAAUAUCAGUUCAUUGUUACCAAUGACAGUUCAACUAUGUUAUGGUUAAACAUCAAAUUAUAUAAUUAAAAUUAAAGAUUUUAUGUUAUAAGUUAUUGUGCUUCUUGUGAGUAUAAAGGAGAAAAUUCAUGGGUGCUCACUGGUGUGUCACAGAUAUAAAAUGUUCUUUCAUUUAUUCCUACGAUAUUCAACUAUCUGUAAGUUAAAAUAAUUCUGAAAAAAUAUCUAUUGACUAAAAAUCCAAAUUGACUUUUUUUUAAAUAUAAAAUGAAAUUUUUUUUCCCCAAAGUUUUAACAUGAAACCCUACAACUGCCCCUCCAAAUUUUUUUUUUUUUCCCUUGAACUUGAACAGGACUCAUAAAGUUUUUUGGAGGCCUUUCAAAAUAUCAUCCUAAAGAAGUCCUGUCUAAAUUUGACCACUUUGUGAAGAUGGUUUUAAAUAAUGUGGACCAUGGAGAACCAACCUUGAAAGGUCUAUCUGUGGACACUAUCGGAUUCAUUGCUUCAACUCCUGAAGGAAAGUUGGCUCUAGAUAAAAUAGGUAGGAGAGAACUACAUUGAGAAAACUUAAUUGCUAUUGAAGUAUAAAAAAAAAAAAUCAAUUUACUCUGAUUGCCAUGUGUAAAUUAUUAAGUAUAUAAGUUGGCACACCAUUUAUUAACAGCUGACCAUUGUCUUUUGUAGGAAAUCCUGUUACAGAGUGCAUUCAUAGUAUGGGAAAUCUUAUCAGGACGGGACCAUCUGAGCUCAAAGCCCGGUCUCUGCAGGCAAUGUCCAACAUUAUUUACCUAGAGGUACAUGAAUCCCAUCAUUCAAUUUCUGUAUUACCCCCUUCAUCAGUGUUUUCCAACGAGGGUUUGUGUUGUGCUGUUAUUGUUUGAGAUUCAUUUUAAUACAAAAAUCAUUUGACUUAUCGUAAGUUUUAUUCUAAAAAAUUGAAUGUUACUGUCUGAACAGGCUUUAAAGUUGAAGUUCUUUUAAUAUAUUAAAGGCAGCAAGAAACUUUAUUUGAAAUCUCUUCGAAAAGGGUUGGAUGGGGCAUUAACCCGUUAAGUGCUCAGGUGGGCAAAGAAGAUUGCCUUACAUUCUCCUUAGCUUUAAUGCUUACCGUUAUCAGCUUUUACAUAAUGACAUUCCUUAUUGGUCAGUAAUUUUACAGUAAAGCACAUUUCAACAAAUCUCUCUUAUAAACAAAUGUAAAAUCACCUGCAUUUAUGAGAAAAAACCUGGCAGAUCAAUAGUAACUGGUUGACAAAUUAUAAGGGAGAACAAUCUCAAAAACUAACUCAAGCUAAAGAUCGCAUUGCGGUUAUUUAUUUUAAGUACAUUGAGUUUUUUUUAUUGAUCCAGAUAAAAAUAUGGUCAUUUAUUAGCUGUCAAUUAACCCCAUACUAACUACCCGUAUUAUUUUGUCAUUAAUUUUCUUUUACAUACCAGUACGGCUCGUUUACUCUCCCACUCUUAUAAUGUAAUCUUUAGUUCACAACUUUCCCUUAAAUACAGGAAGAAAACCAAACGGACGAGCUGCUGAACAUCACUCAGAGAUGGUUCAGUACUUCCAUGUCUGAUCCAUUUAAUACUGUUUGGUCCAUAGCACAACAACCUUUUCUGGACCUCCGUGUGCCUGCCUUUCAGCUACUACACAACUUGGCCGCUCUCCCGUGGGGACAGAGACUUAUGAACAAUGUGCCGGGGUUUAAAGAGUAUCUCCUAGACAGAUCCACAGAACAUACCAAAGAAGGAAAAGAUGUCAAAUUUGAACUUAUCAAAAUAUUGGCUCAUUCGCCAACAGCCCCGGACAUUUUUGGAAGGCCUUAUCAUGUGAAGCUCACUGAGUAUUUCAACCAGGGUCCCUUCUAUGUCGUGGCUCAGUCAGAAGUGGCCAUGGAAGGAGAAUAGUGUUGUUUUCAUGAGUCCAGCCCACUCAUCCUGAUCAAUAAAUGAUGUUUUAUUUCCUGUUAUUUA